AUGAAAGUACCCCAACCAAUCUUUUCAGUCUUGCUGGUUUUGAUCAAGUUGUUUUUGUUAAACUUCGCUGCUCAACCAUCUCUCUCGGCGCCUGAUGGACCUCUAUACGAUUAUUCAGCUUACACUGAGUGCAAAUCUCAACCAGAGGAUCCCCUGUACAAUGGAGGAGUUUUCAGGAACCAUAAUGGUUUAAAUCGAAAGACGGUUGAUUCCAUCGGAAGUCCGGGAAUCUUUUCUCCGGCAUUUGUAGUGCCCAAUCUUACUCAGACUACCAAGUACUCUUUCUCCGGCUGGGUAAAGAUCAAUGGUAAAGUAAAAUCGGCUAUUAUAAGAGCAAAUUUCUGGUCAGGAAACUCAUCAUUUGAGUGCAAUGGUUCUGUCUUGGCUAAGAGAGGCUGCUGGUCGCUUCUUAAAGCGGGUUUGAAAUCCAGUCCUUGUCUAGAAAAUAUACAAGCUUUCGAUCACAAGAAUUCUGAGGAUUCAGGAAUAGAUAUAUCAGUAGGAAGUUUAUCUUUGCAGCCAUUCACUGAUCAGCAAUGGAAAUCAAACCAAGAUUUCAGUAUAAACAGUGAAAGAAAACGUGCAGUCACCAUCCAUGUCUCAGACAAAAAUGGAACUAGACUUCCAGGAGCUCAGAUAAUAGUUGAUCAAAUCUCAAAAGAGUUUCCAUUUGGCUCUGCAAUAGCAGACACCAUUCUAGGAAACUUACUCUACCAGAAAUGGUUUGCCGAGAGAUUCAACGUUGCAGUAUUUGAAAACGAGCUGAAAUGGUACACAACAGAACCUGAACAAGGCAAGUUAAACUACACGUUAGCAGACAAGUUGUUAGAGUUCGUUCGAGCAAACCAGAUGUCUGUCAGAGGCCACAAUAUCUUUUGGGAAGAUCCUAUCUACAAUCCUGCAUGGGUUCGCAACCUAACCAGCCAGAAGUUACAGUCUGCUGUUGGUUCACGUAUUCAAAGUCUAAUGCUUAAAUAUAGAGGUGACUUCAUACACUGGGAUGUAAGCAACGAACUGCUUCAUUUCGACUUUUACGAGAAAAAACUAGGCCCAAAUGCAACGUUAAGUUUCUUUGAAACUGCACAUAAAGCAGACCCAUUAGCAACUCUAUUCAUGAAUGAGUUUAAUAUUGUCGAAACUUGUUCAGAUGACAAAUCAACUGUCGAUACGUACAUCUCAAGGUUGAAAGACCUAAAAAGAGAUGAUAUUAGAAUGGGUGGAAUUGGGUUAGAAGGUCAUUUCAGUGCUCCAAAUCUUCCUCUAAUGAGAGCCACAUUGGAUAAGUUGGCUACAUUAGAUUUACCUAUUUGGUUAACAGAGGUUGAUAUCCAAGACAGCUUCGACAAACAAACACAAGCAGUUUAUUUAGAACAAGUAGUGAGAGAAGCAUUUUCACACCCAUCUGUUGAUGGUAUAACGUUUUGGUCUGCGAUUCAUCCUUACGGUUGUUACCCAAUGUGUUUGACGGAUAAUGACUUCCGCAAUCUUCCAACAAGUGAUGUUGUCGAUAAACUUCUGAACUACCUCUUUCAUUUGAGAAUCUAA